CCUCCCCAGUGCACCCCUUCUUCAGACUUGAGCCCUCCCCAGUGCACCCCUUCUUCAGACUUGAGGCCUCCCCAGUGCACCCCUUCUUCAGACUUGAGGCCUCCCCAGUGCACCCCUUCUUCAGACUUGAGGCCUCCCCAGUGCACCCCUUCUUCAGACUUGAGCCCUCCCCAGUGCACCCCUUCUUCAGACUUGAGCCCUCCCCAGUGCACCCCUUCUUCAGACUUGAGGCCUCCCCAGUGCACCCCUUCUUCAGACUUGAGCCCUCCCCAGUGCACCCCUUCUUCAGACUUGAGCCCUCCCCAGUGCACCCCU